AGCGUGUGAGUGCGCCGCCUCUGACCUAGACGCCUACGCUGCGCUGCGCCAGGCCUCCUGUCGGGAUGCAGUGGACAGUGGGUCGGCGGUGGGCGUGGGUCGCGCUGCUCCUGGCUGCCGCAGCGGUGCUGACCCAGGUCGUUUGGCUCUGGCUGGGUACGCAGAGCUUCGUCUUCCAGCGCGAAGAGAUCGCGCAGCUCGCGCGGCAGUACGCUGGGCUGGACCAUGAGCUGGCCUUCUCUCGGCUGAUCGUGGAGCUGCGGCGGCUGCACCCAGGCCACGUGCUGCCCGAUGAGGAACUGCAGUGGGUGUUUGUGAACGCGGGUGGCUGGAUGGGCGCCAUGUGCCUUCUGCACGCCUCCCUGUCUGAGUACGUGCUGCUAUUCGGCACCGCCCUGGGCUCCAGCGGCCACUCGGGGCGCUAUUGGGCUGAGAUUUCUGACACCAUCAUCUCUGGCACCUUCCACCAGUGGAGAGAGGGCACUACCAAAAGUGAGGUCUUCUAUCCAGGGGAGACAGUUGUGCACGGGCCUGGCGAGGCAACGGCUGUGAAGUGGGGGCCAAACACAUGGAUGGUGGAGUACGGCCGAGGUGUCAUCCCAUCUACCCUGGCAUUCGCACUGGCUGACACUGUCUUCAGCACCCAGGACUUCCUCACCCUCUUCUAUACCCUUCGCUCCUAUGCCCGGGGCCUCCGGCUUGAGCUCACCACCUACCUCUUUGGCCAAGACCCCUGACCAGCUAGGCCUGAAGGAAGACCUGUGGAUGGACAGAAAUGGGCAGGCCCGCACAUGUCCACUUGCUGGAGCCCAUGUGCACAGACAGGGACAUAUACACCAUGGAGAUAAUUGAGUUCUUGCUGUAUGAGGAGGGACAUACAUGCUUAUACAUCCAGAACCUCUUGGGAACAAAUGGAACAUAAAAUAUAUAGAUGUCAAGACUUGUGUGAACUGCAAGGAUCAUGCACUCACAUCCAUCCAGAGAAGGAGCCCCACAUUAUACCAAGAGGGCCAGUCAUGUUUGAACACACAUAUCACAAGCUUUACUCACUAACUCAGGCCUUCCCAGAGUUUACUGCCGGCAUCCAGGGCUCUGGAGUUAAGGAUGAGGGUGGGUAUUACAUACUGCCUCGGUCUGACUCCUCAACCCAGCAGUAAGCUUAGGGGAUAAGGGAGAAGAGGGGCUUCCUUUCAGAAGCCUCCUUUACUUGAAGCUAUGAUACCCUUCCUCUUCAUCUCCCUGUCCUCACCAUAUGCCUUAUCCCCAUUCUACUCCCCUGCUAUGCAAGUGCCCCCUGUGGCUUUCCCCCUACCUCCUCAGCAACCAAUUCAGCUGGGGAACCAGAGGAUUGUAGAGAAUGAUGAAGUGAAGGUCCUCCAUCUCUGAAAGACCCUGUUCCUUCCUUGUUGGUAUGAUGGGAAACCUGGCCUCACUCAGUUCAGGACCCACCACCAAGGAGAGAAACUGAAGAGGUGGGCCUGGGGUCCAAGAGGCCAUCCCUGGCCUAGAGAAGAUUUUUUUCUGCACGUGUGCACACACCCCCAUCACAGCUUCCACACACUGCCCUGCUGCAUUCUCUGUUCAUCU